UAUCAUCCCGUCCGCAAGCUCCUCACUCUAGCUCAAUUCUGUCAUCGGUAACCUGACGCACGGACCCUUUAUCCCACUCACUGCAUCUCCGACAUUUCUCAGCUUAAAAAAAAACUACCGACGAGCUCUCAACUCUUUGAUUUCUGUUUUUCUCGCGACACUUUUUUUAGACUACACUUGACUUUCGAGACUUUCAGCUUGUUUUUUUUUUUUAAAUACAGAUUUGGAUCAUGGCCUCUCCGGCUGCUCUCAUGCCCUUGGUUCCUCUCGUCCAACCGCCUCCGAUACAGACUUCACCGGCGACCAACUCUCCGCCACCAGCAACCACGUCCUCAUCCCCUUCACCGUCUAUCGCGCCCACCGGACUGAACCCUUUCAGCGCGGACCUCUUACCAGUACCUGUCGGUAGCCCUGGCGCACCGGUCGACGUCCUGCCCUGUAAACCGGUGUAUUCUACCCCGUCGCCGGUUGAGAACACUCCGCAAAACAACGAGGUUAAAAUGGUCGAGGUCAGAGGCGCCAAGCUCGCCUCUUUCACGGUAAAAGACAACGAGCUAAUCUGCCUCCCGCAGGCGUUCGACCUGUUUCUGAAACACUUGGUCGGCGGACUGCACACGGUCUAUACCAAGCUGAAGCGGCUCCAGAUCACACCGGUGGUCUGUAACGUGGAACAGGUCCGCAUCCUCCGGGGCCUCGGAGCUAUCCAACCGGGAGUGAACCGGUGUAAACUCAUCUCCAGGCGAGACUUCGAGACGCUGUACAACGACUGUACUAACGCCAGCUCGCGCCCUGGACGCCCCCCAAAGAGGGCUCAGAGUAUGACAUCAUCAGAGAACCAACACCUUCUGUCUCAUUCUGUCAGCGGGCUGAUGUCAGCUGGAAUCAUGCCCCCUACUGGUCUGACAGCGGCUGGAAUGCUGAGGCCAUGA